AUGGCUUUAACCAGCCGAUGCCGGCUCCGAGGUCGAAAGAUCCCCAUGGAAACGGAGUUCGGGAGAAUAAUGUCGUCCCGCUCGGACAGUGGGAGCGGGGAGGACUCGUUGGACCGGCUCCUGCCCCCCGCCGGGGCCCCUCGCAGGAAGAGCACUACCUCACAGAGUAAAACCGAGCCUCCUUUGCUCCGCACAGGCACGCGCACCAUUUACACGGCCGGCCGACCUCCCUGGUAUGACGAGCACGGAGCACAGUCAAAAGAGGCCUUUGUCAUCGGGUUGUGUGGGGGCAGCGCCUCAGGGAAGACCACUGUGGCCAAUAAGAUCAUUGAAGCUCUGGAUGUGCCGUGGGUUGUGCUGUUGUCUAUGGAUUCUUUCUACAAGGUUUUAUCUCCCGAGGAGCAGGCUUUAGCUGCGAGUAACGACUACAACUUUGAUCAUCCGGGGGCGUUUGACUUUGAGCUGCUGGUCGCCACCCUGCAAAGGCUGAAGCAGGGCAAGAGCGUGAAGAUCCCAGUGUACGACUUCACCACACAUGGGAGGCAGAAAGACUGGAAAAAUGUGUACGGUGCCAGUGUAAUCAUAUUCGAAGGAAUUAUGUCUUUUGCAGACAAAGAGCUUCUUCAGCUCCUGGAUAUGAAAAUCUUUGUGGACACAGACUCAGACAUUAGGCUUGUUCGACGGCUCCGCAGGGACAUCACAGAGCGCGGGCGGGACAUUGAAGGCGUCAUAAAGCAAUACAACAAGUUUGUGAAGCCGGCCUUUGAGCAGUACAUCGAGCCGACCAUGAGGCUGGCUGAUAUUGUUGUGCCGAGAGGUGGUGGGAAUAUGGUAGCAAUUGAUCUGAUAGUCCAGCAUGUUCACAGCCAACUAGAGGAGCGUGAGCUCAGUGUCAGAGCACUCCUGGCCUCCGCUCAGCAGACGCAGCCGCUGCCUCAGACGCUCAGUGUGUUGGAGAGUACGCCGCAGGUCAGAGGCCUGCACACCAUCAUCAGGAAUAAAGAAACCAGUCGAGAUGAGUUCAUCUUCUACUCAAAGAGAUUAAUGCGGCUUCUCAUAGAACACGCACUGACAUUCCUACCAUCUCAGACGUGUGUAGUUCAGACUCCGCAAGGGCAGGAGUACGAGGGCCGGCGUUACAACGGGAAAGGGAUCACCGGUGUGUCCGUCCUGCGGGCAGGAGAGACCAUGGAGCCCGCCCUGCGAGCCGUGUGCAAGGACGUCCGCAUCGGCAAAAUCCUCAUCCAGACCAACCUCGACUCAGGCGAACCAGAGCUGCAUUACCUGCGUCUGCCUAAAGACAUCAGUGAAGAUCAUGUCAUCCUAAUGGACAGCACAGUCUCCACUGGCGCCGCUGCCAUGAUGGCAGUACGAGUCUUAUUGGAUCACGAGGUGCAGGAGGAUAAGAUCGCAUUGGUGUCGCUGUUGAUGGCAGAGCUCGGGGUGCACUCUGUGGCCUACGCCUUCCCAAAGGUCAAAAUCAUCACCACCGCUGUUGACAAGAGUCUGGACGAUCUUUUACAUGUAAUUCCUGGUAUCGGGGACUUCGGAGACCGGUACUUUGGGACAGACGGGACCGACAGCUGGAGCGAUGAGGACCAGGAGCAGCCGUCAUUCUGACACACACAUCUGUGAGCCUCUGUGAAAGAAAAUACAAACACUACUUGAAAACUCCCAUCAUUGUGCAUCCUCCUCUUCAGGCAUAAACCAGCAAAAAACAAACAACUGUUAGAUUCACUUUUUGUGUACUGAAAAAAAUGACAUUUUGUACUCUUAUACAACAGAUGAGUCUCUGUCAAGUUGUGUGCAUGAGGGACAUUUUGUUCUAUUUACACCCGAGUGUUCAUCAUUAAUAGUUUCAUACAGAUGGGUGAGGUGAAACAGUGCCAUUACCUCUGAUGUACUACAUUGCAAUAACUGUAUUAUUAUAUGAUUUAAUCCAAGAUUGCACCAGCUGUCCAUGAAUCCCGUUCUCAGUAGCUAUUAAAUAAUUUCAAACCGGUUUAUUGAAUUGGGUUGCGCCCUUAAAACUUGACUAGAAAGGACUUUAAUAAUGUGUGAAUCAGUUUCUAGCAAACAUUUGUAACACUGUACAAUCGCAAUCAAUAGUCUAAAGUCACUGUAGCACCGUAAAGCAGUAAUAUAACUUCUAACAUAACACGUUUACAGCCAUGUUAGUAAAGUUAAAUCUUUAGUUCAGAUAAUUAAUGUGUUACAACAUUUAGCAUCACGUGUCGGAUCAAAGCUCAUUAAAUCUUUUACUUCUCAUCUAAAUGGCUUAUAUUAGCAAGUUAACGUUAAUAUUGUCACCUGGCGGUUAGGGUGUAAACUUAACCCGAGUGUGUGCCUCUCAUGUAUGAGCCAUUGACAGUAUACAUAGAAGUAUUAGCAUUACAUUCGAGUCAUUUCCAAAAAGUACAAACAGAAGGAUGUUAAACAAAACUAAACACAUUUCUGAAGAUAUUUCCAGAAUCUUCAAAUCUUUAAACACACGAUUUUUAUCGGUUUCUGAAGUUGUUUUCCAAGUAGCCAAGAAAUGUUGUCUUUGCUGUUUUUUGUAAUCAAUACUACAAACAACAUUAAUUUUGGUUCAUGUUGUACAAAUUGAGCAAGACGAUAUAUAAUUUCUUCUCUUUUUUAGGGUUAGUAAAAAAAGCGACGCAACUUGAGAAACAAGUUGAAAAUCUUUUUCAUCGUGCAACAGACGGAAUAUUAUUUCAUCCAAACUGUUAGAAGACACUUUGAAGUUUCUGGAAAUACCUUAAGGACAGGAAAAUCUGACUCAUAGCUCUGUGACUUGAAUGUAAUGUUAAUACAUGAGAGGCACAAACUGGGACUAAUUAUAACCAGGCUAUGUUUGAAUUUAUUAGCUGGUGCAAUCGGCUAAAGAAUCUGUUCUGAUAUGAAUCCAUUCAUACUUUACGCUGCUCUAAUAAGACACUUUUUCUAUAUGUUAUAUAAUAAACUCACACCUACAGUAGAGUAGUUGUCAGACUAAACUUUUUAUAUUAAAAAUAUCUCACAAAGGGGGGGAUCUAUAUCUUGUAGGUUUACACUUACACUUACACUGUAUUUAGUUUACAAUAAAUCUUAAAUUCAGGGUAUGAAUUCAGAUUUAGUUUUCAGUUCUCACUGCCUAUUUCUACUUCUACUGGAAACUGACGUUGUUUUCGUCACGUGUCUGAACUGAUCGACCAGGUGUGGAUGAGUGCGAGGUCACGGGCGGUCACAAGCUUACUUUUGAGUAUUUCCCAUGGUCCUGUGACUCUCAGGGUUCAGAUCCAGGCCGCCUGGCUCCCACUGUGAUGCACUUUUAGUCCUGACGGGGUCAGUAUAGCUCACAUUUAGCUUCUCUCAGUGUGAUUUAUAGUGUGUCCCUUUGAGAAAUCAGUGUCUCUUUACAGUACAGAAAAUGCAAACAGACUCACCUGAAUCACUUCCAUCGCACAAGUUAAAUAUGUUGAGAUUUGAUGUCAUGAAUGGUGGUUUUUGCAGUAAAGAAAACAUCCUUGUUGGUUUAUUAUUUUACUGAUUUGAUCUGGUGCUGAAUGUACUGUUAAUGCUCAGUUAUAAACAUGUAAGAUAAUGAUAUUAAUGUGAUUUCAG